AUGGGGAGAGCUCCAUGCUGCGAGAAAAUGGGGUUGAAGAGAGGGCCAUGGACUCCAGAAGAAGAUCAAAUUCUCAUCAAUUACAUCAACACUUAUGGCCAUUCUAAUUGGCGUGCACUGCCCAAACUAGCUGGGCUGUUAAGGUGUGGAAAGAGUUGUAGACUCCGGUGGAUAAAUUAUCUGAGGCCAGACAUCAAACGAGGCAACUUCACCAGAGAAGAAGAGGACGCCAUAAUCAGUUUGCAUGAAAUGUUGGGAAACAGAUGGUCGGCUAUAGCAGCGAGAUUACCUGGGAGAACAGACAACGAGAUAAAAAACGUGUGGCACACCUACUUGAAAAAGAGGCUGCCACAAAGUUACCAACAAAGCCAAGACCAAAAACGACGGAAAAGACAACCAAAGUUGGAUGUGGACGCUUCCAAAGCCAAUUACCAAGACGCCAAACCAGAACAACAAGACCCCGUGAAUAGUGUUCACACUCAUGCAUCAACCAAAGAAGAUAACAUCACAGACGACAUGCCACUUUCUCCUCCCCAAUGUUCUAGCGACAUCUCCUCCCUCACUACUAGUGACAGCAUUAAUAAUAAUAAUAACUGUGACAUGUCCUUACAUGUUAAUCAUAUUGACACGCCCGAGAACAAUCUUGCAUUGGACGAGGAUUUCUGGUCGGAAGUUUUGUCAUCUGAUAAUUCCGGUGAGACAAGUGGAUUUCCGAGCAUUGAUUAUGAUCGGUUUGAAUCAAUGUGUAGCGAAGAAGGGGUGCUUAUAGAUGGUAGUUCGUCAAGUAUGUGCGAUGGCAUGGACUUUUGGUGCAACGUUUACGCUAGAGCUGAGGAAUUCACCCAUUUACUGGAAUUAUGA